AUGAACUCAUCGGCCGGUCUACUAGGAAAUAUGAGCUAUGCCCUGCAGAUAUUUGAGAGAGACACGUUCACCACUGCCUUCAUGAAGAACCUGAUCAUGGUGCUGGUGUGGUUCAGCCUCAGCUACAUCAACAGCAUCGUGGUGGCCACUUUCUUCAUGAACCGUGUGUUCUACGGGAACCCGCGCUACAUCCUCUUCAUCCACAUGGUCAUCAACGAUGCCAUCCAGCUCACUGUCACCAUCACCCUGUUCGUGCUGAGCUACAUAUUCUAUACCAUUAACGUGUCCUUCUGCUGCUUCUUCAUCCUUGUGGCUGUCUUUACCACCAGGACAUCCCCAGUCAACCUAGCUGGCAUGGCCAUUGAGCGCUACAUCUCCAUCUGCAACCCCCUCCGCCACGCUCAGAUCUGCACGGCACGCCGCACCUACACCCUUAUCGGCUUCAUCUGGUUCAUCUGUGUGGUGCCCGACAUCACCGACCUUUUUGUGACCUUGGCCACUGAGUCUUUGAGCUUCUUCCACACACGUGUGUUCUGUCUGAGGCAGAACGUCUUCAAGGACCCCAUUCUGACCUACAAGAGGCAAGCCUUCGACACCAUCUACUUCUCCUGUGUCUUCUUCACCCUGGUCUACACCUACCUCCGGAUCCUGUUCAUUGCCAGGGUUCUGUCCUCAGAGAAGCAGUCUGCCCAGCGGGCCAGGAACACCAUCCUGCUCCACGGAGGGCAGCUCCUCAUGUGCAUGAUGUCCUACACCUCCCCCACCGUGGAGACUGUCUUGCGUUUCCUCUUACCCGGACACAUCCUGGAGAUUCGCUUCGCAAAUUACCUUAUCGUCUAUAUCCUCCCCAGGUUCCUCAGCCCCAUCAUCUAUGGUGUCCGGGACAAGGAGUUCCGGAAGUAUCUGAAAAGGUAUUUUGUUAGUAACUGGUGUAAGGGGAUGUCGCAUCGAGUCAAUCAUAGUGAAGAGGGAGAAAAUAAAGCAGGUUUAAAUAAAAAGUAGGUAGUGUUACAAUUUACAGUAUAUGAUAAAUAUUUAAAAAUAUAAACUUAAAGGGAAUUGCACUGUAUUGUAAAUAUAAACUUUGUAUGACUUUUUUGUAUAGGAAUAGAAUUAUGAUUUUUGU